UUUAUUUUGUUAGCAUCUCUUAUUUUGAAGGGUCACAUUGAUGUGUGGCCCAUGUGACUUGUUCCAGCCAACCGAGUUGCUACGUGCUCUGGCGCUAAAAGAAUUGGAGAGAGCAAGAAAGAAGCAGAGAGAGCAAGGGAGAAGCGGAGAGAGCAUUGAGCUAAGAGUUGUGCUGUGAGAGAAAAAAGAGAGUUAAGAAAAAAAUAGACAAUUAAAAAAAAAAAAGCGCCUGUUGUUGGGGAAACUUUUCCAUUGUUGGAGGAGGAGCUUUCCACAUUUUUCACCGACCGUGUUCAGCGUGUACACGUUGUAGAACUGGACUUGGCUUUUUUGAAGUUGCUGGAGGUUUGACCGGGGAACUUCGAGUCGAUCUCCAAGUUGGAUUCUACUGAAGAGAGCGAAACAAGAUGGCGAGCCGUAACCCAGGAACUCUGUAACUGCCGUCUAGCAGGAGCCACACAUUCCGCUGGACAAUCCCAAUCAUCCAAACUGGUAUGAUCUACCCAUGUUUCCUGCUGAAUUAGCAUUGGGAACGGAAUAAACCCUGCAGGACCAUCAGAGGAAAGAGACAUUGAUCUAAACACAAAUUAUUCAGCCUUUUUUUUUCUGAAUUUGUUGAAUUGUGUUUUAUUGUUUCUUUUCCUGAAACCCAUUCAAUGUCCUUUGUGUGUAUUGAAUGUGAAAUUGUCUGUUGGGUAGAAAUGGAAAUAAGAAAUGGUUAAACCAGGAAAUUAAAAUCUUAACUUCCUUAAAGAGAACUCUAAAUAGCUAAAUUAGAUUUAAAAGAUUAGAGAAUCGAUUAGACUGUAAAUUAACUAAAUUAACAGUAUUCAUCGGAACUAAAAUAGAACUAUAACCUAGGUUAGAAAAAAUAAAAUAGUAAUCCUUUUAAAACCUAGCAUUAGGUUUAAAUUCCAAACAGGGGAACUAUUUUAGGAUCUAAAUGUGUGUCAUGUUAUGUCAACUGCUGUAAUAUUGUUGUUGUUCUUUCUUUGGAUAAAAAAUUAAGCCGGUAGUUCAAACUAUUCCCUGGUCUGUGGUCAUUAAUACUCUUCUACAUUUCUCUACUCCCGUAGUCGAACCUAGUACUGGUCUAUUGUCUAUCCGAUUAACUGUAAGCACAUCGUGAGUGUUACAGAAGUGGCGAGCCCAGCCAGGAGUAGGAAAUAGAACCUUAAAACUUUAUUUCUGACCCAGGAAAAAAAAAAAGAAAAAGAAAAAAAAAAAAGGCCAAGUUCAGCAAAAAUGGAUAUAGUUGACAGAGAAAAUAUUAAAGUUCCAAACUCAGUCAUUGUUAGUGGUGUCACUGACACAGAGGUUGAUGAAAAUCUAUCUGACUUCCUGAACAGAUAUGGGAAAAUAAUGAGAACCUUGAAAAUAGAUGACCCGCAGUCUCCUUUCCACCAAAAUGCCAUUGUAGAGUAUGAGAGUGGAACUGCCUUGACAGCACUUGAACCCCUACUCCCUUAUGUACUCGAGAGCUCGGGCAAAGUCUCUUAUCGAAUCAGAUCCCUGUCCAGUGAGUAUGUGUCUGACGUCACAGACAGGGCCACCCACCGUUUCUUUCGUGAACUGCAAGAAAUUGCUAAAUUAGGUGGAAAAUCCUUUGAAGCUAUCCUGCAUGAGCACCUGUCCAGGUGCUCUCAAUCGGUCACAGGCAGCUCUGAGACACCUGAAAUUGGAAGUUCUACUCUCGAGACACAAAGUGACCUAACGAACCCAGUUGCCCGACCAACCCAAGAAAAUGAGCAACCUUUUCCAAGUGAAAGGGCAGAGCAGUCUAAAACUGCUCCAAGCCAUUCUGACUCUGACUCAGUUAACCAACCUCGACCCAACCUAGCCUCUAACCUAUCACAGAACCUUGUCACUCCCCCUGGGGUGCAAAAGGUAAUUGUAGAGCAUAUAGUACGAAAUGAAGCUCCGGUCUCACAGGUGAGUGCCUCUUUUCGUCUGAGGCAGUUUUCAGGCAAACUACCUUGUCCUAACCACGAGGUUGAUUUCGACACAUGGCGCAACAGUGUUGAGCUCGUACUACAGGAUCCAGAUCUAUCUGUCUUGCAGUGCUCACGAAAGAUUUUAGACAGUCUUUUGCCGCCUGCGUCCAAUGUGGUAAAACCGUUGGGCCCUACAGCAUUGCCAUCAGCUUAUCUUGAACUGUUAAAUUCAGCUUUCGGCACAGUGGAAGAUGGCGAUGAGCUUUUUGCUAAAUUUCUUAACACCCUCCAAGACCCUGGUGAAAAACCAUCAAAUUACCUUCACCGCUUGCAGACAGUCCUCUCUAAAGCUUUGAGCAGAGGCGGAGCAGUCCCCACUGAAGCAGACCGACAUCUUCUGCGUCAGUUCUGCCGCGGGUGUUGGGAUGAUGCCUUACUAGCGGAGCUCCAGCUCGAAAGGAAGAAGGAUAAACCGCCUUCAUAUGCUGAGCUGCUGUUGCAGUUAAGAGUUGAAGAAGACAAACAUAUUGCAAAAGAGAGCAGAAUGAAAAAACACUUUGCUGCGGCGAGACCGAAAGUGGCCUCCCACGCUAUUACUGCAACCCCUGACUUCUCUGAACCUGAAAGGCAAGAAAAUCUUGCUGAGAUGCGAACCCAGAUAACUCAGAUGCAGAGUCAGCUGACAAGAUUGAAACCCCAAAAGGGUGGUCAACCUGUGGUUCCUCAAAGUGAUCUGGUCACAGAACUAAAAGCACAAAUCACUGAGCUCCAGAGCCAUCUGGCUAAACUAAAACCACUAAACUCUGCUAAGAAAAGUGCUAGUGCGUCUAAAGUCAGGACACAAACUAAGCUUAAGGCACCGGAACAAACUGCAAAGAGUAGGCCAAAACCUUGGUAUUGCUUUCAGUGCGGCGAGGAUGGCCAUAUCAUUUCCGCUUGCCCAAAUGAAUCAAAUCCAUCCCUUGUCGCUGAGAAGAGAAAACAGUUAAAAGCAAAACAGUUACUUUGGGACGAACAGAACAAACAAACACAGUCUUUAAACUAGAGGAAGCCCUCAUUGCGGGACAAAUGGGUGCUGUUAAUGAAACGGGUCCCACCAAGCAUUCGAGAAAGGCCAGAAAACCUUUCCUUCACAACAAAUCAGCCGGCGUGAAGUUACCCAAAGGCCUAGUUGGAGCCAAGUACACUGCUGAAGUACUAAUUAAUGGGCAGGCUUGUAAUUGCCUUCUCGAUACCGGGUCACAAGUGACCACCGUAUCACAGUCAUUUUAUGACACUUACCUCUCACAUUUGGAGAUCCACU